GGAGCGAAUGUGGGCAGUGCACUUGAAAGCCAGAUCCUGUUUCUUAGUCAGCAUGCAGGUUGAAGCCCCAGACGACGCAGUGUUCCUCAUGGCAGGAAUGCCGAGUCCAGAUACAUUUCCGCUUGUGGAAGGUUCCCUCACCCUACGAGACGGACGCACUCUCACCCUUAGUCCCAAAAAGAUGGUGGACUGCCUUCAGUACGGCCCCACACCAGGGUACCCCCCUUUGCUGAAACAACUGAAGGACUUGACAAAGCGGCUUCAUGGGCCUCCCACAUGGCAGGACAGCGAAGUGGUAGUAACAACCGGAAGCCAAAGUGGCCUCCUCAUGGCCAUGGAGAUGAUGAUGAGCCCAAACGAUUAUGUAAUCAUUGAGGAACCUUGCUACACUGGAGCUAUUUCUAUUCUAGCGCCCUACUCGCCUCGUUACUUACCUGUGAAAACAGACAGUGAGGGCAUGAUACCCGGCUCCCUUGAAGCAGCCCUUUCGAGGUGGCGGCCCCAGGACGCGGAGGAUGCGCACUCAGACAUCCCCAAG